AUUGAAAGGAGAAAUACAGUAUGCUCUUCUCUUGGCAGGUCUCCAAUAGUUUUGUUUCUGUUGAAAAAUUUUAGCUUCUGUAUCCCUUCCCUUUCUCAAGUUUCAAUUCUGAAGUGCUAUUCUUCUAUUAUUAUUAUUGUUAAAUGGUCAAAAGCCUUGAUUUUCAUUUUAUUUUCCUAGCUUUUUCUCCAAGUUCUGCAAUUUCAUUGGUCACAACUUCCCUCAGAAUAAUAACAUCUCCCACUUUCCAGUUCUUAAUCUUUACCUGCAAUUGCUAUUCAUUUUCUUUAAUCUAAACCCAGAAUCAUUUCUGAUUGAAUUUGACAGAACCCAGUUGCCUUUAGAUUCUGAUCCCCAUCUCAAUUCUGGUUUUCAUUUGGCUACUGUCUAUUGUUUAUGUUCUUUCUCAAUCUUGGUUCGAUCUUUCCAUUAGAGGGAGCUUUAGCUUUGCUGGUGUAUGAAAACAGAGUUUCUUGGCAUACAUAAUAUUUAGCGUAUUAAGGUUUUGACAGGAAAAAAAAAUAAAGGCAUGGAUAGUUCACAUGGAAGUAGUUCCAAUGCGCCGGCUCCUUUUCUGAUCAAAACAUACGAGAUGGUUGAUGAUACGUUGACCAACUCAGUGGUGUCUUGGAGCGCCAGUGGCUGCAGUUUUGUUGUGUGGAAUCCACCUGAAUUCGCUCAAGAUUUGCUUCCCAAUUACUUCAAGCACAAUAAUUUCUCAAGUUUUGUCAGGCAGCUUAAUACUUACGGAUUCAGGAAGAUUGACCCUGAUCAGUGGGAGUUUGCUAAUGAAGAAUUUAUAAGAGGGCAGAGACAUCUUUUAAGUAAUAUUCGCCGACGAAAACCAAUCCACAGCCAUUCAAUGCAGAAUCAAGUUAAUUACUCUCCACUGACUAAAACAGAGAAAAGUGAAUAUGAGGAGAAAAUUAAGCGACUAAAACAUGAAAAUACAUUUCUUCAGCUGGAGCUACAGAGACAUGAAACAGAGAAGCAGGCCUUGGAGUGUCAAAUUAUGCCAUUAGGGGAGAGAUUGCGGGGUAUGGAGCACAGACAGAUUCAAUUAGUUUCUUUCUUGGCUCAACUUGUAAAGAAACCAGGAUCUGCCUCUAUUCUCAUGCAGCAAUCAGAAUACCACAACAAAAGGAGGAGAUUACUUGAACUUGAUCACCUCAUUGGAGAUUACAACAUGAAAGAGAAGCACAGUUUGCGUUCGGAAGAUUCAACGAUGAAGUUUGAGUUAGUUGAGAAGUUGGAUUCAUCCAUAAAAUGCAUUGAAGAUUUCUUUUAUGGAGCAGCGGAAGCUUUUACUCAAGAUAUGCAAGAUUUCGCCUUAGCAUCGCAGCCUUCACCUAUCCAUGUUAGGGAGCCAAGCACGUCUUCCAUAGAUGGAGAAACGUGCUCACCUAUAUCACAUCAAUCUUCACUGCAUUCUAUGGAUAUUCCUUCAUCUCCUGAGCUACCCGCAUGUAUCAAUCAUGUCAACAGCCCAAAAUUUUCACCUGAAUCUCCACAGUUUGAUGCAAACUUCAAGCCCGCAACUAGUACUAGUGCUCCUGUGGUUGAAGCUGUAAAAGAAUCAGAAUUAGAGACAACAGAUUCAUCUACUCCCACAGGUGCAAACGAUCAUUUCUGGGAAUAUUUCCUGACUGAGGCUCCUGGUUCUUCUAGCACACAAGAACUCGAACCUGGGUUCGAGCGAAGAACAAGUGACGAGAGACUUUGGUGGAGUGCGAACGCCAUAAAUGAUCUUACCAAACACAUGUGGCACCUUGCACCCGCUGAAAGAACAUAAUGUUGUCGUUUGGGGGUUGAUUCUUGCAACUCUGCUGCUAGUCCUGCUAGUUUGCUUGUAUAUUAAGUUACAGAAGAGGUAGAAUUGUUGUAGUGAUUGUAGAUUACAGCUAGAAUACUGGACAUUCUUACUGAUCAAAUUUUUGUAGUGCAUAUCAGAUAAUUGCCGAUUAGUUCUCA